ACGGUCCUAAAACCCCAAAAAAUGUCCGGAAUUCAAUUGCAAGAUCUCGACCUCACCCUCGAGGAUGUCAAAACGAUGCUACGGAGACAUUACGAGCUCAAUGGAACCAAAAAAUGUCCCAAAAUCAAUGAAAUUGUGAUCCGUACUCUCGGAGACGUUCCCGCUGGCAUCAUGUCGUCGCAUUUUAUCAUCACCGUAACCUUGGAAGAUGUCAAUGAGAAUGAAACCACGUGGUCUUGCUUUGUAAAGCGAACCCCUAAAGAUGAUUUUGGCUCAAAAUACGCCGAAGACUUGGAAACGUUCGACAAGGAAGGCAACAUUUAUCAGAAAUUGAUACCAGCGUUGCAGGAAAUUGCAAAAGGACGCACUCCCUGGACCGCUGUUUGUUACUUAACGAAGGGAAUAGACCUAAUAGCCUUAGAUAACUUAACAUUACAAGGGUUUGUGCCUUCCAUUUCGGGUCGUUUACUGGAUUUCGAUCAUCUGAGUGUCGUAAUGAAGGCUCUGGCACGCAUGAAUGCCGCUUCCAUCGCAUUAGAAGUGAAACAUUCCAAGCCUUUGACGGAAAUUUUCCCAAAUUUACUGCGUGAAAAUGGAUAUCCAACAACAAAUACGCCCGGAUAUCGUCAAUUGGGGGUCCAAUCAUUCACGAAAACCGUUCAACAUUUCGUUAAAUUGCUUUCCGCUGAAGGAAAAGUCAAGUACGAGAAAUUUUCAACGGAGGAACUUGUCGAAAUGGUGCCAAAAAUCAUGCAGGAACUGUUCGAACUUGUCAAACCAUCCACGAAAUUCCGCAAUGUCUUCAACCAAUCAGAUCUGUGGGCCAACAAUAUCUUGUUUAAGUAUGAAAAUAAUGAAAAAGUCGUCGAUUGUCGUUUGGUAGACUUUCAAUUUUCGCGAUAUGCUCCCCCGAUGUACGAUAUUUGUACUUUAUUAUUAACAUCGACGCCUCGAAAGUUCAAGGAAGAUAACGUCGAAGCACUUCUUGACCUUUAUUUUGCAUCUUUAACUAAUGAAAUGAGCAUUUUUGGGUUGCAAGCUGAACAAUAUCUCACGAGGAAGGAGUUGAGCGACAGCUUUAAGGUUUAUAACAAAGCAGCUUUGAUCGAAAGUCUCUGCUUUUUCCAAACAAUUUACUUGCCGGAAGAGAAAUGGAGCGAUUUGGUCAAGACUCCGCAGACUUUUGAGGACUUUGUGUUGAAUAAACACACGGAAAUUUGCUCAAAAGUGUUCGAAACUCACGCUGGGUACCGCAACAAAAUUACUGAAAUUAUUCAAGAACUGUUGGAUGUCUCACUUUUAUCACAAUAAUGCGAUUUUUUGACUUUUUUCAUUGAAUAAAGAGGUUUAAAGGGAUAAAAACUCACCUAUUGGGUUGA